CUCAAAAUGGCAGACGAAUUUAAAAAGUUUGUCCUUACCAUCAUCAUAAUAUCUCUCCAAUACCAAGAGACACCAGGGCACUACAAUACAGGACUUUCAGUUGUACCAUAUGACAAUGGCCAGUAUGAGAUACAUGUUAAUAACAUAACCUGGCUGAGGAAUGCACCAACAUUCUGUACAAUAAAUGGUGCAAAAUACGAAGAUGGCUCAAAUCUGAAAUUGGUGUCAUUCCACAAGGACACUGGGAGUUUUGAUAAGUUAGGGCCUUACCAGGAUUAUAUUUACACAUAUAAUGCAGGAGGUGUAACAGUGUCAGCAACUAUCAGAGACUUUUGGCUCAAUUCAACUGUUGUGUUUAUCCAGGAGUACCCAGAGGGAGCUAGGGGCACAUCAACUGGGAAGGAACAUGGUGUUAUAUUUGGAUUCCCUAACUUCAAGGUAGAAGAGCUUGGCUUAAACAGGGGCUAUGUUUCAUAUGGUGGAAUAUUCAUUGGGGACAUACAGAAACAAUUUGGCAGGUGGAAAGAUGACACAACCUUCAUUAAAUAUGGAUUGGAUGGAGGUCCUUUAAGUAUCAUCGACAAACAGAAUAACGUUCUGUUUAUUUCCCCGUUUGACAAUUUCAUGGCAGCUAACAACUAUCAUGAUAAGUUGUUUGGCGGAGCAGUCAGCUGGGGCAUUAUGGGAAAGGUCAACACGAUCCCAAAAGGGUUUAAAUACAGCACAAUUUUACAUUAUGGUAGCCAAGGUUACAACAAGGCUGUUGAGAGUUGGGGUAAGGUGAUGAGACAGUGGAAUGGUAAAUGGAACCUUAAUGCUAUGAAGAAUGACAUCACUAUUAACUAUCUUGGCUACUGGACAGAUAAUGGUGCUUACUACUACUACAAUACUGUACCAAACAGAACUUAUGAAGAAACUAUCUUGGAUGCGAAGGCUUAUGGGGAUAAAUUAGGAAUCCCAUAUAGGUAUCUGCAAUAUGAUUCAUGGUGGUACCCAAAGGGGACCCUAAAUGGUGCUAUUUCCUGGGAUGCCAUGCCUCAAAUAUUCCCCAAUGGAUUAGAAUACAUCUACAAUAAAACCAAGCUACCUGUGAUAGCACAUAACAGAUGGUGGUCUUCCAAAGUUAAGUAUGCCAAAGACAAUGGAGGGAAAUACAAUUUUAUCAUAGAAAAGUUCAAAUCCAUGCCAGAUGAUGAACAGUUUUGGAUAGAUCUCUUGGCCCACUCCAAGACAUGGGGCCUAGUUACAUAUGAACAAGAUUGGUUGAAUGUUGAGUUCAGUGGAAUGGAGCGUGCUAUAAGUGACCUUGACCUUGGGUCACGUUGGUUGACUCAGAUGGCACGUGGAGCUGCAGCGAACAAUAUGACAAUACAGUAUUGUAUGGCACAGGUCAGAGAUGGCCUACAGAGUCUAACACUUCCAGCAGUUACUCAGGUGAGAGUGAGUGAGGAUUACUCCCCAGGCUGGGAACAGUGGAGGAUUGGCUUCUCAUCCAUAUUAGCAUAUGCUCUUGGACUAGCACCAUAUAAGGACACAUUCUGGUCUACUACAAAACAACCAGGGAACCCCUAUGGAAAGACAGAACCUUAUCCUGCCUUGAAUGCUGUGGUGUCUACGCUAAGUACAGGCCCAGUAGGUGUCGGAGAUAUGAUUGGUGGAACAAACAAAACACUUGUUAUGAUGUCCUGUAAUGCAGAGGGUCUUUUACUUAAACCAUCUAAACCUGCCACAGCUAUUGAUGCACAAAUAAUAGAGUCAGCCUACCAAGAUGGGGAGGGGCCUGCGGGAGAGGUGUGGUUUACAUACACCAGUAUAGGACCAGAUCCUGAAGUGACUGACAUUUGGAGGUUUGGAAUCCUCCUGGCAGCUAGCAUGACUAAUAAUUAUGAUGUCCCUUUGUCUCAAAUGGAUCUUUUAACACCUCAAAAGUACAGAGUUUACUAUCUAUCAGGACCCCCAUCCAAGGAAAAUAUUCACAUCCUCCCAGACUACCUGAAUGAUGCGCCUAUCAAGCUGACACCAAGCUGUACAGAGAUGUCAUUCUGCCUGUAUUACGUGACACCUGCAAUAUACAUGAUGUCAGUGCACCAAGAGGUUCUCAUUUUAGGUGAGCUGGACAAAUGGGUGCACAUGUCUGCUCAACGUGUCAUUUCAAUCCUCCAAAUGAAUGUCACGAUUUAUGUAAAGAUAAAAGGUGUCGCUGGGGAGAAGUUUUCUUAUUAUAAGAACAAAGAGGUUAUCAUUCUGGGCGAGAUCACAAAAUGGACUCACAUUUCAUCUCAACGUCUUAUUUCACUUGAUGGUGGAAACAUCAGCUUGACCCUUACCAUUAAGGGAGUUUAUGGGGAAACAUUGAGGUUUUGGUAUGCCAUAAACCAACAACUGGACUACCUCAAUGUUACUAUACCCGAGAAGGGACAGACACUUGUGCAGAUAUUUGUCUAUCCUGGAUAA